GCUAGCUACUCUCUUUCUCUGUGAAAAAUAAGCCAAAAAGGUUGAAUUUUUUGAAAGAAAGAGUACGUAGUGGGGAGACGUCCGAAUCUCUCUCUUCCUCAGCCCGAACCUAUAUUUCCGCUUCGUGUCCGAUUUGGCAUCUUUGUUCUUCAGGGACAAAAGCUUAGGGUUUCUCGUGUAUCUCUCACAUCGACUUUGAAGUUGGAUCGGCAAGUUCGUUACAUCUGCUCGAGUCUUGCAUCAUUGGAAUUCGUCUGGUUUUGAUCUGUGAACUAUAGCUAGAAUAUUCUAUUUCACGUGUUCUUAAGAGAAUUUGGGCUUCUGGUUUUGCUAAUUUUGAUGCUUUGGGUGUGAAUGUGUACCCAUUUGAGUUGUGCUGUGGGCUACUUUGGAAAGAAAGAGUGAUAACUGUCAAUUAUGAGAACAUCUUGGGCUGAUUCUGUUGCUGCUGAGAAUGCGGCUUCUUCUUCCUCUGGUAGCAAUGUGACUAAUAGAGGUGCUUCUCGCCCGCCUAGGUCUGCUUAUGUGCCGCCACAUCUUCGUAACAAGCCACCUGCAUCAGAGCCUCCAGCUCCGUCAUAUGGUGGUCCGCCAUCUGGUAAUGAUAGGUUUAGCCACUCUGGACCCUCAAGUGGGUCAAGAUGGGGAGGUUCCAGGGCUGAUCAUGGGCCCCAAAGAUAUAGCAGUGGUGGUCGAGGCGGUGCUGGCUGGACUAACAGAGGUGGGGGGUGGGAUCCUACGAGAGAGAGGGAGGUAAACCCUUUUGGCAACAAUGAUGUUAGUGAUAUUGCAGAUAGGACAUCUGGCGAGCAGGAAAAUAGCGGUAUAAACUUUGAUGCUUAUGAGGACAUUCCAGUGGAUACGAGCGGUGAAAAUGUGCCCCCUCCUGUGAAUACAUUUGCAGAGAUUGACUUGGGGGAUGCAUUGAACCUAAAUAUUCAGAGGUGCAAAUAUGUGAAGCCGACUCCUGUGCAGCGCCAUGCGAUUCCCAUUUGCAUUGCUGGUAGAGAUUUGAUGGCUUGUGCUCAGACUGGAUCUGGCAAGACUGCUGCCUUUUGCUUUCCGAUUAUUAGUGGAAUUAUGAGGGGCCACUUUACAAGACCUCAAGGAUACCGGACUGUGUACCCACUUGCUCUCAUUCUCUCUCCUACAAGAGAGCUCUCAAUACAGAUACACGAGGAAGCUAGGAAGUUCUCUUAUCUAACUGGUGUUAAGGUAGUAGUUGUUUAUGGAGGAGCACCAAUCAAGCAACAGCUGCGAGAGCUUGAGAGAGGAGUUGAUAUUCUUGUGGCAACUCCUGGGCGAUUAGUUGAUUUGCUUGAGAGAGCAAAAGUUUCAUUGGAGAUGGUUAAAUAUUUAGCUCUUGAUGAGGCAGAUCGCAUGCUAGAUAUGGGGUUUGAGCCUCAAAUCAGAAAGAUUGUUGAACAGAUGGGCAUGCCUCCACCAGGUGUAAGGCAGACAAUGCUAUUUAGUGCAACCUUUCCAAAAGAAAUACAGAGACUGGCUUCUGAUUUCCUAUCAAAAUAUAUAUUUUUGGCUGUUGGAAGGGUUGGCUCAAGUACUGAUUUAAUUGCUCAAAGAGUUGAGUUUGUUCAUGAAUCAGACAAGAGAAGCCACUUGAUGGACCUUCUUCAUGCACAAAAGGUUAAUGGAGUUAAUGGAAAGCAAGCCCUGACUUUGGUAUUUGUGGAAACAAAGAAAGGAGCUGACUCAUUGGAACAUUGGUUGUAUAUAAAUGGGUUUUCUGCUACUACUAUUCAUGGUGAUAGAACACAACAGGAAAGAGAACUAGCACUUAGAUCCUUUAAGAGUGGAAACACACCAAUUUUAGUGGCCACAGAUGUUGCAGCGCGUGGGCUUGAUAUUCCUCAUGUAGCUCAUGUGAUCAAUUUUGACCUCCCGAAUGACAUUGAUGAUUAUGUGCACCGGAUAGGACGGACAGGACGUGCUGGUAAGACAGGAUUAGCAACCGCGUUCUUUAAUGAGAACAAUCUGUCAUUGGCAAAGCCGCUGGCUGACCUGAUGCAAGAAGCAAAUCAAGAAGUACCUGCUUGGCUAACUCGUUAUGCAAGUCGGGUUUCUUAUGGAGGGGGCAGAAGCAGGCGGUCUGGUGGAGGGCGAUUUGGUGGUCGUGACUUCAGAAGAGAAGGCAAUUUUAGUAGGGGCAGGGGUGGCAUGGACUACUCAUAUGGGGGUAACAGAAGUGGUGGUUACGGGGUAUCUAAUUAUGGAGGGGGAAGUGGAUCGGGCGUGACCAGUGCAUGGGACUAAUAAUGUCGGGCCCGCAACCCAAACUUGUUUUCUCAUGGUAAUAUGUGUAUAUACAUGAUCAGAUUUGAGGGAUUUUCGUAUCUUACCCAUGUUUACUAUAAUCUAAUUUGAGUUUGGGUACCAGACUUAGGUGGUGCUUCUUUUAUUGGUUGCCGAGUUCUGGCUGGAAAGUGGUUUAAUGUGAAGAUAUAGAGAACUGAAUUGUUGGAGAAAUUGGUCGAUGAUAAUACAAUAAUAAACCAAUGAUUGCAAAAA